CUGUACGGUCUCUACCAAGAAUACGUACUUCUACUAAAAUUUUCAAAUUAAUAUUGUACAGUAAAUUGCUGCUAUAUUGUUGCUAUUAAUGAGGUAUUUACGAAUUCGAAACAGAAUUGCAGACAUCUAAAAACUCAUAGUUUUCGUAAGAUAGCUUAUUUCACAUCUUUCUGGAUAAUUAGUGGUGUUAUUACAAUAUUUUUCCAUCCACUGUGUUAUUCCUUGCUGCUUUACAUAUUAACAUCAAAGGGCGCAACCUCAUUCCUCAUGUGACCUUUGUCAAGCCAUGCCCAAAGCUUGCUCAGACUGUGACACAUUACAGCAUCAAUUAGCGCAUGUUCUAGAGCAACUAAACAGCGUACAAGCAGAGUGUAAACGGUUCAAGGAAGAACGGGACGCGUAUCACGAUUCCUGCGUUGCUUCACGGAUGGACGUCUUGAAAGGCAACAAAUUGUUCUUCGAUCAAAAACAGCAGAUCACAGAGCUGAAAGACAAGGUGGCAUUGUAUCAGGAAACCAAUCAAAUGCUGUUCGAGAAGUGUGCACAUGCCAACGAUCUUGAAGACGAAGUCCGGCAGCUCCGUUCACGAUUAUCCGAAGUGGAAAAAGUUCUGCGUCCGCAGAGCAGUCCGGAAUGUAUGUCCACAAGACAAAGCUCCGCUCAGCAGAUGGAACCAAAUUUCAUAGGAAAGUAUCCCAGUCGGGAAAUUACUAUUAAGUGUCUGAAUGAAUACAACGAAACUUUGGCUAAUGCUAUCAAGACGAUAGAACGCGGCCAGGAGCUUAAAAGCUUUCCCCAGAAAACUUAACUUGCGUAGUGGUUACUGCGUUGCAGAAUCAUUUGCCAUUAAAUCUUCCCCGUUAUAAA